AUGAGUAAGAAGAGAUCUCGUUCACGAUCUAGGGAGAGAGAUCGGGACGAUCGUAAAACUAGUAAAAAACUGAAAUCAAUGCAGGUCCAAAUUGAUAACCUUACAAACUGUGUAAAAGAAUUUAUACAGAGCCAAAGAAAAGAAACUCAGUCUACAGGUCCGACGACAAAAGUCGAUGAUACCAUCGAAAAACAGUGGACAAAUUGGAUGGCUAAAGGCCUAACAGAAGAAGCUCGGAAAGAACUACUCAAAAAAUAUUCUCGAAGAGAUCAACAUUUUGCUGAUACCCAAAACUGUGUAGGUACAGCUCUUAUUUCUCUUGGUUCAGCAAUAUCAAUGCUGAUGGAAAAUCCUGAGGAUGGUGUAGAUCAGAUCCAACUCAUGAAAUACAUCUGGGAUGCAGGAAAAAUUAUGGCAGACGUUUUUCAUCAACAUUCAACUGCACGAAAAUCAUUUAUCACUCCCAAUCUCGAUAAAGAUAUCAAGUCGACGUUAGAAGCGACAGUUUCCGACGAAUGGCUUUAUGGUCAAAAGCUAACUGAUCAGGUGAAGGACGCUAAAAAUAUUAAAAAAGCGUCUACAUCACUUAAAGCCCCAGAAAAAUCAACAACUAAGAAGACAACUAGUCAGGUAAAUUGGAGAGGCUCACCUGGGAAAGCCAGACAGGUGGGCUAUUACCCGAAACGGCAGUUCACGAACGUGAAAUACAAACCGAGACCUUUUCAGACAAGGCCAUCUCAGAGUUCAAGUCGCUCGACGACGCAAACGUCGAGUCGAUCGACGUCGAAGAAGUAA